ACUAUCUUACUAAAGAACUUUGAUUUCCUAUCCCAUUAGAGGCUUGUGCAUCUUACGACAGAUUUUACUCUUUGCCUUUUUUUAGUCGCGUAGAAUUCGCAUUUGUUGUGAUUCGGCUUUGCCUGCCAAGUAGUUACUGUCGGUGGUGCGUAGUCGCCGCUUCAGACAUGGCCGAAGGAAGAGGCGAUGGAAAUGCGGCUCCUGUAUCUGAAAGCAGUGAUGCGCCAUCGAGCAGGAGCGUCGCAGGUUCUGACACCGAUACAUCCAUUUCGUUGUACCUCUCGGGGUCUUCGUCAUCAUCUGACUUGCCGAGCGUUGAACAUGACUCUGGCCAGAACACACCUUUCUCUUCCGGUCUGCGCGACAACAGGCCCACUGGCGCCUCACGCCGCAUGUCCAGCAGAGGCGGCAGCUGGGAUUCACUGCCCAGUACAAGCCGCGCGGGUGCGGAUCAGCUACCAGCCGCAGUACGAAGCGUCUCCAGCUCUCAUGGAAACACCAAGGACUCAUCAAUGUGAGCAGCAACGAAGACAAAGCCACGAUGUGCGCUGGGAGUGUCACUUUUGCCUGGAGACUUUCACGUGUGAAGAGGACUUUAAUGAACACACCAACAAAAACAUUGCAAAUGGAAGACAUCUUUGUUCCGAAUGCGAUUUGUGGAUUCGAGGUCCUUCCCAGUAUCAAAAUCAUUGCCGAAUGCACACCGUUGAGAAAAAAUAUCGGUGUGAUGCGUGCGGGCGUUCAUUUCUUCGGGAAUACAACCUCCGUAGGCACCAAUUUAAUGUGCACAAAAAGGAGGCGGGUCAUAAAUGUGAAGUUUGCGGACGUAGUUUUUUUGAAGAGAGCAACCUGAAUUUGCAUAAGCUUGCUCAUACGGAGACAAAAUGUUUCCGUUGCCAACACUGUGGGCGUGUGUACAAGUAUAGGCACAAUCUAAGGCAGCACAUUAAAGCACGGCACGAAGCGGCUAAGCCUGACGCAAGCGCUUCAAAGAAAUCAUCCGAGACAGAAGAUUGAGGACGUCUCUAUGAGCCUAUGGCGGAUAUUUCCAUUGCACAUGUUACCAGCGCGCCACCACGUUUUUUUUUUUUUGACAAUUCAACCCUUGUCGACAUGGUACUCUUCAUACUAAUAAAUAGAAUUCUGACAAACACAAAUGAGCUCGAUCUAACCCCAUUCAGACCUGUCCUAGAGCGCUAAAAUACCCGCUUACUCUCGAUAUCUUAUAGCUGCCGCUAGUUGUAAUGGUGUUACGGUGCUCGGCGUGUGUCUGCUACGGGCCGUGGUGGUCGCAUUUUCAGUGGAGGCGAAAAAUUGAGUGGGCCUUGCACAUAAAUAUUACUGCAUGGUAAAAAAAAGACAAAAUGGUUACGUGGAAUCAGAAUGCAAAAAACAGGAUUGAUUGGCGAGUCAUGGGAGAAGCCUUUUCCCUGCAGUGGGCGUUGUCAGGCUGCUGCUGCUGCUGCUAAUGAUGAUUGGAUGAUACAACCUCGACACGAACCACUAUGCUUGCUGUAGAGGCAUUCUCGAUAGGCUUUGCUGCGGCUGAUGCACGCAGGAAGGAAAGGUAGGAGAGGGCAUGCCCAGCCGGUGCGCUACGUGAAAA